GAAGGGGGUCUAGGACGGGCUUUGUUUGUGGAUGUGAAUGAGCAGCAUCAACCACCUCCAGAAAUGUGGACGGAUAAUAUAAGGAUUUUACUACUUUUUCAUUUGUUGGCCCUGAAGCUUCAUUCAUCCGAAGCAGCAGCGGAUGACUGUGAGGAUGGACAGUUCCAGUGCAGCAACCAAAGGUGUAUUCCCGCCAUUUGGAAGUGUGACGAUGACGACGACUGUUCGGACAACAGUGACGAAGAGAAUUGUCGCCUUGAGGCCGGGGAGGUGGAACUUGAUGAAGUGUCUCCGAAGGUGGACGGCUAUGGCCCGACUAUGACGCCUGAAUCUACGGUGGAUCUGCCGGCGUGUCGGCUGAUCUGGAAGGUCCCGUUGAAAUGCCUCUCACAGUUCCCGUCGGCCCCUUCUAAACCGGGUCCCCUAACCCAACAGCAGUUGGACUGGCCCGCCGCUCCGGGCUGUGGACCUCCCCAAAGCCACGAGGAAGGUAUCGGAGAGAGGAAGGUAUCGGAGAGAGGAUGUUGGGCUGGACGGCCCUGGUGGCCACGUGUUUGAAUAGGACCCCCCCCCACGCCACUGGAGGAGGGUUUCUGGACCUGUUGGCCGGGCCCUCGGGUUCCUGACCCUAACCCUGAAUUAGACAAUCCUUUUGACAAUGCUUAUUACUGGAUUAAUUAAACAUAAUUUAUGUUUACUUAAUGUACGCUUAUUUUGAAGGAAUACCUGAUUUAUCUUUUACAGAUAUAGGGACAUAUAUACAUUUUUCACUAUGCCAAAGCAACCAAAAUAAAACGGUU